UUCACAGUCCAGCCGCCGUUGUUGCGGCGGCGAGCCCCGACCUGGCCUGCGCCGAACUGCUAGAUUCCUCAGAGCCGAGGCUUCCGCUCGAUGCAGGCGAUGAGCUCCGCCUCUCCGGAACCCGUUCCUCCUCCUCCGCCCGCCUUCUCAGGUCGAAGCAUUGGCAGUUUUGAAGAGGUCUGUGGCGAUUAUACACCACGCUUGGGUCAAGAGUUUUCCUCUGAUCAUGAGGCAUACGAGUUUUAUCGGUAUUAUGCUUCGAAGCUGGGAUUCAGUAUCCGGAGAGAAUAUGCAAACAUAAGCAAGAAAACUGGUGAGAUAUCCUCGAGAAAAUUUGCUUGUUCAAGGGAAGGGUUUAAAGCCCUAGAUAAAAGAACCAACUACACGAGAUCUCCACAGCCCGAUACAAGAACAGGAUGUCAUGCUAGUUUGGUUCUUAGGCGCAAAAAUGAAAAUGCGAAGUAUAAAGUAUAUGCUUUCGAGCCUCAGCAUAAUCAUCCUUUAUUCAUUCCGUCAUGUGCUAAUCCUUCGCAAAGAAAGUUAAGUGAUGUUGAACCUUUGGAAGCUGGUAACUAUGUUAAUGCUAGAAUUACCAGUGAAACAGAAGGCAGAAAUUGUACUCUUGCUGAGAAUGUUGUUGAUUCCAGAAAAAAAAUUCAAAACCCGUUACACAUUAGGCGGCAAAGUGAAACCAGGUAUGGGGAAGCUGGUGCUCUGUUGAACUUCCUCCAAGACCAAUCUCUGUCAGAUCCUUCAUUUUAUCAUGCUGUACAGCUGGAUGCUGAAGAUAAAGUUGCGAACAUUUUCUGGGCAGAUGGGAAGAUGGUUACUGACUCUCGUCAAUUUGGUGAUGUUGUCUCCUUUGAAAUCGUCUCCAGAAACAACUCUAGCCUUCGACCAUUUGCCUCUUUUGUUGGGUUUAAUAAUUAUGGGGAGACUGUAUUGCUUGGGAUGGCACUUAUGUAUGAUGCUACUGGUGAAUCUUUCCAGUGGCUAUUGGAGACUUUUAUGCGUGCAAUGUCUGGAGGAGUACCUAGAACUUUUUUUUCACAUCAAGAUGCAGUUUUAGCAAAGGCUAUCUCAUUUGUGAUGCCUGAGACACGCCAUGCUAUCUGCACAGGGCACCUAAAACAGGCUGCAAAAAAGAAGCUAAGCCACCUCAUCAGAGGGGACUGCAAUUUCAUGAAGGAAUUCAAAGCGUGCAUCAACGAUUAUGAGGAGGAAAUUGAGUUUUUUGCUUCUUGGGAAGCUAUGAUUAGUAAGUAUAACCUUCAUGAUAAUGUGUGGUUACAAAAGGUAUUUGAAGAAAAAGAGAAGUGGGCUAGACCAUACAUGAAGCAGACAUUUUCAGCUGGAAUGAAGAACACUCAAUUGAAUGAACGCCUGCAUUCGGAUGUUCUGGAUUAUCUAAGAUCUGAUGUAGACAUAAUUUUUUUCUUGAAGCGUCUUCAAAAAGUGAUCAAUGACAUCCGAUACAGAGAAUUAGAGGUUGAAUUUAGUUCGAGACUCAAGUUGCCAGGCUUCAAGAUUAGAGCUCCUAUUCUUAGACAGGCUUCUGAGGCCUACACAGAUAUGAUAUUUCAGCUUUUCCAAGAAGAAUACGAAGAGUUCCAAUCAGCUUACAUUGUGAAUCGUGAUGAAAGUGGACCAUGCCGUGAGUAUAUUGUUGCAAUUAUUGAGAAGGAAAGGCGAUACAAAGUUUGUGGGAACCCUUCUGAGCAGUCUGUUUCAUGCUCAUGUAGGAAGUUUGAGACACUUGGUUUCCUGUGUAGCCAUGCUUUGAAAAUUCUAGAUACCAUGGAUAUUAAGUAUCUGCCAGAUUGUUACCUCUUGAAACGUUGGACCAAACAUGGCAGGUGUUUGACUGCACCGCAUGUUGAAGGUCGUAAGGUUCAGGCAGAUACCACAUCAGAAUUUUCUAGCCGCUACCAAUACUUGUGCCCAGUAUUUGUUGAGCUUGUUGCUCGAGCUUCAGAAUGUGAGGAAUCCUACAGAGUGCUAGACCAAUGUUCAGUAGAACUCCGGAAGAAAGUUGAAGAAAUCUUGCAAAAACAAACCAGCAUUGAUGCAUCUGCCCCCCAGCCUGAUGUUGAGGAUAUCCAGAUAUCCUUAAACACCACUGACAAUGAGUCAGAAAGAGCAGUGGACUAUUCUAGCAGCACAAGGGCAAAGAGACCAAAGAAGAAAGGUCAUAAAGGGAUGUGCCCACCAAGUCGUUGCAUUGGGAAAGGCUUGCAGAAGAAGAAAAAGGUGCAGCCUGAAGAACCUGCAACACAGCAUACUGUGUGGGAUGCUCCGACUCGACCUGGAAAUGUUUUCCUUCAGGGGAUUGACCUUUCGCAGCCAUUUCCAAUGGGGCAAAUGAAUUAUGAAGGAAAUCAAGAGAACUAAGGUUUGUUCCAUAUCAUACUCUGCCAUCAGGCCUGUAAAAAUCAGUAGCUUUGUCUCAAGUGAGAGGGACCGAGGACAUGAUAUCCAUUUGUCUGGAUACAUCUGACAUCAUAUGUUCAACCCAAGCAGCACACGCGAUGCAACGAACUGAGAUAGCUCUUGUUCACAAGUCUCAGACAGAGCAGAUUACUCAACUCCAUAUGCAAUUUUUGUGUCAACAACUGGAGAACUUGAAGGCUACCGACUGACACUCGCCUUUGCAAAAGUCCAUCGCCACUGCAUGUCCAUUGAACGCCACUCCCUUUCCCAGUGAUGCAAGGGAUUGCACACUGCAAUGGAUUGUGGUACUAGCUUUUUUGCAGCUUAUUGGCGGAACCAGAUGGGUAGGCUCUUGUGUGACAUACUGGCAUGGCUCCUAGUAAUAGUUAUAGCCUGUACAUAACGAGUCAGUGCAAAUUUGUGUGUGAAUGUGUUGACAAGUCUCGACAGAGCUGAUUACAAUGCUAUCGACUGACAUUCACCUU